CCCUGCAAAAUUGACCAUUUUUCCGAAUUAAUUUCAUCUUGAACAAAUUUUUCACCUAACUUGCCACUCAUGAAAGUGCAAGUUCUUAUCCGACCUAAAGCAUUACUUCUGGGAGGAUCCUUAUCUCUUCAGGAUCGGAGCAGAUGGCGUGAUUAGGCGCUGCGUCAUGGAGCACGAGAUGGGAGACAUCCUGUCUCAAUGCCACGAGGGACCUACUGGCGGUCACCACGGAGGAAAUCACACGGCGCGGAAGGUGCUACAGUUGGGCUUCUAUUGGCCCUCACUCUUUAAGGAUGCAUACACUUUCGCACGACAGUGCGACCACUGCCAAAGGUCAGGUACAUUUCUUCCCGGGAUGAGAUGCCCCAACAUAUUUCUGUCAUUUGUGAAAUUUUUUUAUGUUUGGGGGAUCGAUUUCAUGGUCCCAUCCCCUCCAUCUUUUGGAAAUAUGUACAUACUUGUGGCAGUGGACUACGUCUCGAGGUGGGCAGAAGCUCAAGCCAUGCCCACCAAUGAUGCAAGACGGGUCUGCUCAUUUCUGAAGCAGCUGUUCUCCCGGUUCGGGACACCUCGCACCAUCAUUAGUGAUAGAGGAACCCAUUUUCAAGGGAAAUUCACUAAGCUCCUUUCUCACUAUGGUGUUAAGCAUAAGGUGCCGGUGGCUUACCAUCCCCAGUCAAAAGGUCAAGCCGAGCUGACGAACCAAGAGCUUAAAAGAAUAAUUGAAAAGACCCUGGAUCAUUCCCGCAAUGAUUGGUCCACCAAGCUCGAUGAUGCUCUUUGGGCAUACAGGACAGCCUACAAGAACCAGAUUGGUAAUUCACCCUAUAGGCUUAUCUAUGGGAAGGCAUAUCAUUUGCCAGUAGAGCUAGAGCACAAAGCCUUCUGGGCCCUUAAACUGCUAAACCUGGAUUUGAGUGUUGCAGGUACUGAACGUAAGCUACAACUGCUGGAGUUGGAGGAAUGGCAUUACCACGCCUACGAGAACACCGUGCUCUACAAGGAGCGAACCAAGCGUCUCCACGACGCUCGGUUGAGGGGCCCGAAGGAGUUUCAGGUAGGUGAUCGUGUUCUGCUCUUCAAUGAACGCCUGAAACUCUUUCCGGGAAAGCUACGUUCGAGGUGGUCGGAACCCUUCACAGUCACCCAAGUUUUCCCGCACGGUGCGAUGGAGAUCAGCAAUGCACAAACUGAGUCGUUCAAGGUGAAUGGCCACCUCCUAAAGUUGUACUUGGGAGGUGCAGUCGAGCGCGCAGAGCUGCUGAUCAAGCUCGAGGAACCUUAGUUCCUCUACUGGCGUCCAACUAAAAGACGGUAAAGAAGCGCUUGUGGGGAGGCAACCCCACCUAGGUUUGCAUUUCCUUUCCUUUUUUUUUUUUUGUAUUUUUUGAGUCUUGAGGUGUUGUCCAAGGUUCAAAUGUCGUUUUUGCGCGAAAACUGGUUGAAACCGGGGUUCUGGAAUUCCACACGGACAUGCCUAAAUCCUGCACGGCCGUGUGGAUUUCCCCUUUGGCCGUGUGAAGCCCUUGGAAAUCCCACACGGGCAGCUGGGGGCCGAUACACGGCCAUAUGAAUCUCUCGGCCGUGUGGCCUGUCUGUGUCGCAAAAUCCUCUCCCCCUCGCCAGAAUCCUCUCCUCCUUGCUGGAAAACCGCGACCUUUCACUUUUUUUGGCGAUUUUCCGGCCAUUUUUGGUCGGUUUUUCACCAAACCAACACCACACCCAACCUUCCCUCCUCAUUGUCGGCCUUUCCCUUGAUUUUGGUGGCGAUUUGAGCCGGUUUGGGUCACCGAAGGCGAUUGGCGGCGAGACUCCAGCGAGGCUGCGACGAACAUUUUCGGGUCGAAUAUCGGGCUUCCGUCGCUUCCAUUGCCUUCCCCUCAUCAUCCCAUACACCUCUACUUGUGUCUCCAGGUUUGAUUUUUCCCUUUACCUUGUGAAUUGUGGAGAAUUGGGUGUUAGGGUGCUAGGAAUUUGCCCAUUCUAUGCUUCACUCAAAAGUGCACACAAAGUGUUCGAUGAAAUGCCAGUUUUUCAUAUCAUUUUGUGGGAGCCGGUUGGGGCCCUUAAUGAUGUGCUUUGAUAGUGUUUUUGCUAUGGAUGUGAACCUUAAGUUGCCUACUUUAUUGUGGAUGUGCACUCCCACCCAGAUUGUGCUUGUUUGCUCGAGUUAUUGACCCCCGAACUAUGGAUGAAACUAUGGUU